AUGCAUUGUUUCAAUCUCUACACCCUUUUGCAGAUGCACAGCACACCUCUCUUGAAUGCCAUCAUGACUGAAGAUGACAUCAUUGCAGAGACCGAUCCUACCUUAACAUGGAUAGCCCAUGUACUCCCAAAUCAACAAUAUCACUUUCAUGGCCCACAUCCUAUCCAUAACCAUUUUUUAAAAGGAAUCCUCUCUGCAGAAGCCAAGGCUGCAUUUCAAGUUAUGAUCACCCCAGAUCAAAAGUCAUCCACCCUUCACAAUCUCCAAUGCAGAUAUUCCCUUCCUGAUUUCACUGUGAUAUUCAUGGAAUACAUCAACAAGAUGUUACAACAUGACCUGACAACAUCUUGGAACUCCCAAAGAGAUUCUGUUCAGAUGUGGAACAAAUUUCACAUACAGCUUGUAUCCACCUUCCAGUCGCAAGUCAUCAUGCCAAGCCAGAUCACCCAGGCAUAUCCACCCUCAGAGGUAUUCCCUUUGGGCAACUGUGAUGCUGUUUUUGUCCAAUUGUCUGAGAGCAAUGGUGUUAAGAACCAUGCUCAAAGGAGAGAGAGACUGACUCAGAGGGGCUUGGCCUCAGCUCAUAUGCUGUGCCCCUUACCCGAGUAUGUGUCCUUCAUUUCAGAGGAAGUCCAAUGA